AUGGUCAUCGCGGUGCUUCUACCGGUGGUGCUGGCAGCGGGUGUGCUGAUCCAACGGCAGUCCACUGCAGCCGACCUCGCCCAGAUGCAAACAGCCGCUCUCAGCUGGCUCGACUUCGGCGCGUUCUCUGCGAAGAAGCCGGUACCAGCGGGCGAGCAGCGCAUCAUUCAGCUGUCGGCGUGGAACCCGCGCGCGUACCUGUACAAGGGCUUUCUGUCGGACGCCGAGUGCGACCACCUCAUCAGCCUCGCGCAACCGCGCCUAGAACGGUCGGAGGUGACGGAUAGCGAGGACGGGCACAGCGAGGUGAGCGAGGUGCGGACGAGCAGCGGCAUGUUUCUGGACAAGGGCGAGGACGCCGUGGUGCGAGCCAUCGAGGACCGCAUCAGCCUCUGGACCUUCCUGCCCCUCGAAAACCAGGAGUCCCUGCAGAUCCUGCGGUACAGCAAGGGGCAGCAGUACGAGGCGCACCACGACUACUUUGACGACCCGGUGAACACGCAGCAGGGCGGCCACCGCUACGCCACCGUGCUCAUGUACCUCAACAACGUGACGCGGGGGGGGGAGACCACGUUCCCGGAGCACAAGGACCCCACGCCCAAGGACGACUCGUGGACGGAUUGUGCCAAGGGCGUGCUGGCAGUAAAGCCGGUGCGGGGCGACGCACUGCUGUUCUACAACCUGCACCCGGACGGGUCAGUGGACCCCAGCAGCCUGCACCACGCAUGCCCCGUGGUGGAGGGGCACAAGUGGUCCGCGCCCAAGUGGAUCCACGCCCGCUCCUACGACUCCCCUGCACCCGGCUUCCAGACGGGAGGCCUUUGUGUCGACGCCAACGGCCUGUGUGAUGCGUGGGCGGCCACGGGUGAGUGCGAGAGGAACCGGCCUUACAUGAUUGGCACAGCUGCCAACCCCGGUGCGUGCCGCAAGGCAUGUAAUGCAUGUGAAGACGCAACUGCCCAGUAUAGUGAGGAUGACUAUAGCGAGGAUGCAGAGGCGGAAUCUGGAGUCAACAGGAAAGAGGGUGACGGUGCAAGUGCGGGCGAUGCAGUGCAAUCAUCAUGA